AUGCCGAUGCUGUUCAUGUCCCACCGUUGUAACCCCCGGCGCGGGGUCACAGCGAUUCUCGCCACCAACGUUGCUCUAGUCUACUUCCCCCCCGAACCCCUUGGCCAAACAGAUAUCCAGAUCUGUGUAAGCGAGCCCGGGCCCCGGUGCAAUUCCUGCCCGGGGGCGGACCCAAGAUCCCUUCUCGUCCAAAUGGUCCCUUCCUCCUUGAGUCCUUCAUCCUCGUAA